AUGAGUGAUCCCAGUAGUGAAGAGGCUCGGGAGCGACUUCUGAUCGAGAGCCUCUUGAAACUUUCGGCCUAUCUAAGAAUGCAACCUCUAAUAUCACUGAUUGAUCACGAGUUACGUACCAACUCAUACCGCGGCGAAGAUGAACCCAGAACUUCCGAGGCGUCGCCGCUCAUGCAGCGUUUUCCAAGAAGGCCAGUACAAGAAGAACAAAGAUACCAGACCACCGUGGGCGUCACCCUACUCUUUCUAGUUCUCUUCGCGGGAAUUGUAAUAUGCAUAUAUUUGUUGGUUAUCCAAAACAGAUCAGAGAACGUUCUACCGCCAGUCGAGCCGCCGGUGCUUAUGGUGAGCCGUUUCCAAAGGGAUAAGAUCAAACAGAUCCAGACAUUUGCCCAGAGACCUUCAACAAAGGCAAGUCAGGUGAUAGUCGGCACAUGGGACUGCGCUAAGUUGCUGAAUGCUAUACAGGCGACAAACACAUCGGAUAUGCCGUAUAACUUCAUGAUAUCGUCAGAUGGGGAGACGUUCGAAGCUCUCGGUUGGAGAAGACGGUCGCCUCUGUUUCCUCAAUACUCUGCGGAUGCCUUAGUGUAA